AUGAAGCUCCUCGCUCUCUCCCUCCUAGCCGCCUCCCCGGCGGCAGCGCGGUCUUACCUCUCCUGGAUGGCCGAUUCCUGGAUCCUCAACAACCAGGAACAUGAAGGUCCAUACUGGUACGGACGCGCAACCAUCUACGAAGGCUACGAGGCAGCCUAUUCACUGUACGGCAACGAGACCCUGCUGGACUGGUACCACACGCAAAUCGACGACCUGAUCACUCCUGACGGUACAAUCAUCGACUUCAACGAGACAUACUACUCGCUCGACGACUACCGGAUCGGCAACAAUUUCUUACACUGGUACGAGCGCUCAGGGGAGGAGAAGUACCGGCUUGCUGCGGAUCGCAUCCGGGCGAUGCUGGACCGACACCCACGCACGCCGACAGGCGGGUUCUGGCACCGGGCCCCGAUCUAUGCGAAUCAGAUGUGGCUGGAUGGGAUUUUCAUGGCGGAUGUGUUCUACGCAAAAUGGACGGCGUUGUUCGAUGCGCAGAAUGUCACGGCCUGGGAGGAUAUCGUGCUGCAGUGGGAUAAGAUAGAGGCUGCUACGAGAGAUGAGCCGACUGGUCUGCUUGUGCAUGGCUUCGACGAAAGCAAGACGGCUGUAUGGGCGGACCCGGUGGAUGGUGCGGCGCCACUCGUCUGGAACCGCGGUGUCGGAUGGUAUUUUGUCUCCCUGAUUGAGAUCCUUGAUAUCUAUCCCAAGCAUCUUGAGGGAUACCAACGGCUGUUGGGUUACUAUAAGAGACUCGCCCGGGGCCUUCUCCAUGCGCAGGACCCAGAGGUCCAUGGCUGGAAACUAAUCCUGAGCAAAGGGUAUGUUGAUAGAAAGGGUAACUUCUUUGAGAGCUCCGCUGCAGCAAUGUUCGCCUAUGGUUGGCUUGCCGGUUUGCGAAGAGGCUUUAUUGAUGAAAGGACCUAUGGACGGCCCGCAGCGAGAGCGUAUAACCACCUGAUUGAUGACUUUGUGACAAAGCACAAGAAUGGAACGUUGACCUGGGAGGGAACGGUAGAGGUUGGCUCGCUGAACAGUGAUGCCAGUUUUGAGUACUACACCGACAUUCCAGUCGUCCCGAAUGAUACGAGAGGCGUCGGUCCUUUCUUGCUUGCUUCUUAUGAGUGGGAGCUUCGCCAGAAGCGGUCGUGA